AUGGCGCCGCUUGAGCAGCAAUGGGUUAAAGUCCAGCAGAAAACAUUCACCAAAUGGCUGAACAGCAAGCUGAAGGCUCGCGAUGUCGAGAUAGAGGACCUCAUUACAGAUCUCUCCGAUGGUAUUGUCCUUAUCCACCUUCUUGAGAUCCUGAGCAACGAAUCCCUCGGUCGCUAUGCCUCCCGUCCCAAGCUCCGCGUACAAAAAUUCGAGAAUGUCAACAAGUCGCUUGAUUAUAUUAAGAGCAGAGGCAUACAGAUGACCAACAUUGGUGCUGAAGACGUAGUCGAUGGGAACAGCAAGAUCAUUCUGGGUCUAAUAUGGACUCUGAUUUUGCGCUUCACAAUCAGCGAUAUCAACGAGGAAGGGCUAAGUGCAAAGGAGGGUCUGCUCCUCUGGUGCCAGCGGAAGACGGCAUGCUAUGAUGAAGUCGAGGUCCGCGACUUCUCCACAAGCUGGAACGACGGACUGGCAUUCUGCGCUCUCCUCGACAUCCACCGACCGGAUCUGAUAGACUACGAUGCGCUAGACAAGAACGACCACCGCGGCAACAUGCAGUUGGCCUUCGAUAUCGCGAGCAAGGAGAUUGGCAUCCCCGACCUCCUUGAUGUGGAAGACGUAUGCGACGUCGCCAAACCCGACGAACGCUCCCUAAUGACCUACAUCGCGUACUGGUUCCACGCUUUCUCCCAAAUGGAGCGAGUGGAGAACGCAGGACGCCGAGUUGAGAAAUUCGUGCAGAACAUGCAGGGCGCCUGGGAGAUGCAGAACAACUUCGAGAAGCGCAUGCGCGAACUCCUCCGCCAGAUUGCCGAACAGCAUAAGAAGUGGGAUGAGGCAGAAUUUGACGGCUCUUACGCGGAUGCGAAGAACCAGGCAGCGGAGUUCACAGCAUACAAGCGGAAAGACAAGCGGACAUGGGUCGCCGAGAAGUCAGAUCUAGUCGGACUCUUGGGCAAUAUCAAGACGAAGCUCUCGACGUAUCGCCUGCGGCCAUACGAGCCUCCUGCUGAGCUCAGUCUGGAAGCGUUAGAUGUCGCAUGGGCGGGACUGAUGAAGGCGGAGAGAGACCGCUCCCAGAUCAUCAACGAAACAAUAAGGGAUAUCAAGAACGCAUUGCGCAAGAACUUCGCCGAUAAAGCGAACGAUUUUGCGCUCGCCCUGAACACCCUUUCCACUUCCAUCUCCGGCCUGGAAGGCGACGUGGAAGACCAAUUAGAGCAUACGAAACAGCUUAGCAAGUCCCUUCAGCCUCUAGAUGAAUACCUCAGCAUCAUCGCCUCCAUAGACGAACAAUGCGUCGAAGCCAACAUCGAAGAAAACGACUUCACAACCUACACAUAUGACGAGCUGGAAUACGAGCUCGGCCUCGUUCGCUCCUCCGUUUCGAAAAAGCUCGCCUUCUUAGAGAACCAAAUGGUUGCCCGAAACAUGACCAAUCUGACGCCCAUCCAGCUUGAGGAAUUCGAAUCCGUUUUCAGACAUUUCGAUCGCGACUUGUCGAAUUCGCUGACGGAGUUGGAGUUCUCGGCUGCGCUGGCGAGUUUGGGGCUCGUGUAUGAUGAAGAUGAAAUGCAUGCCAAGUUCCGAGAGACGAGCGGCGGGAGGGAUUAUGUCACCUUCGAGCAGUUUAUUAGGUUUAUGGUCGACGAGACGGAGGAUCAAAAUACCGCGGAGCAGGUGUUUGAGUCGUUCAAGGAGGUCGCCGAUGGCAAGCCCUAUGUCACGGAGCUCGAUCUUCGACACUCGCUAGUCCCCGACGAAAUCAUCGAAGACCUCAUCGCCACGAUGCCCGAGCAUAAGGGUCCAGAUUUGCAGGAAGAUCGCGAUGUCCCCAAGUACGACUACAUUACUUAUAUGCAGCGGUAUAUGGGCGGCGGUGGCGACGACGACCAUCGCAACGGAGCGUACGUCAAUGGCGAAUAG